AUAUAUUUUGAAAGUCUUUUAAAGUAUUGUAUCUCUAAAAUGAAUUCAAAAUUACUUUCACUGAAUAUAUUGAUUGUAAUAUUUGUCACAUUAUUUGGCAAUUCAUAUGAGGAGUGCUUAUGUAAUGUCAGACUUCGAGGAGAAUAUUGCGGAUCAGAACUGAACCGAAGGAAUGGAAACAAUGAUUGCGAGAAAAGUAUUUAUUUCUGCGGACGAAAUAAUCGCAACAAAACAGCAGUUCUUUUGGCCAAAUGUAGCGAAGAGUCGGAAUGCGAUCAAAAUCAGACGCCUUUGUCCUCAAGAACCAGAAGGAGAAACUCGUGUUUGCGAGCACUUAAGUGUCACUGUCGGCAAGGCAUGGGUCGGGGCCCUCAUUGUGGCAAUCAGUUGGAAGGGGAUGACUGUCCACCUAAUGUGCUAUUCAGAUGUCGUUAUACUAAUAACGCCGUCAGAGCUCACAGAACUGAACCGAAGGAAUGGAAACAAUGAUUGCGAGAAAAGUAUUUAUUUCUGCGGACGAAAUAAUCGCAACAAAACAGCAGUUCUUUUGGCCAAAUGUAGCGAAGAGUCGGAAUGCGAUCAAAACCAGACCUCUUUGUCCUCAAGAACCAGAAGGAGAAACUCGUGUUUGCGGGCACUUAAGUGUCACUGUCGGCAAGGCAUGGGUCGGGGCCCUCAUUGUGGCAAUCAGUUGGAAGGGGAUGACUGUCCACCUAAUGUGCUAUUCAGAUGUCGUUAUACUAAUAACGCCGUCAGAGCUCGUGAUGCCUGUCCUGAUGGCUGUAAUGAUGGCAAAUGUAUUAAUGCGGUCGACAUUAAUGACAAUACUUCUGAAUCAGGUGGUGAUGGCGAGACCGAUACAGAGCCUUAAAAUGAUAUUACAUUACAGUUAAUACACAAUAAUUAUUAAUAAAAUAUUGAGUAUAUU